ACAGUGAAUGGGUACGGUUGGAGAGAAAAUGAAGGCGCUAGGCGCUGUUGGUGGUGGUGGUGCCCCAGUGCCAGUGGUAUGUUCUAGUGUUCGGAACCAUCGAUUUCGCGUUUCUUUCUCUUCUUCUUCUCCGUCGCCGGGACCCAAAACGGUGGAACAAGUGGGAAUUGGAGCUCUGAAAUCUGACUACAAACCCGGUGUGUUUGAUGACUUGUUUCUCAAAUUGUUCCGUAACAAAUUGGUACAGGAGGUGGGGUGGGACUCGAAGAAAGCUGGAUAUGAUGGACUAAUUGAAGUUGCCAAUCGUCUAAUGAUGAAGGGCACUACCAAUUCUGAUACCGUAGAAGCAGCGGUACGAAUAUUGAGGUCUCUGUUCCCUCCAUAUCUUUUGGAGCUCUAUAAAAUGCUCAUAGCUCCCAUAGGAGGAGGCAAAAUUGCAGCUAUGAUGGUUGCAAGGGUUACUGUACUGACUUGUCAAUGGCUCAUGGGCCCCUGCAAAGUCAAUUCUGUAGACCUACCAGAUGGAACCUCAUGCAGUAGUGGGGUGUAUGUGGAAAGAUGCAAGUAUCUGGAGGAAAGCAAAUGUGUGGGUAUUUGCACCCACACCUGUAAGUUUCCGACACAGACCUUCUUUAAGGACCAUAUGGGGGUUCCAUUACUUAUGGAGCCUAACUUUGCCGAUUACAGCUGUCAGUUCAAAUUUGGAGUUCUUCCCCCACGGGAUGAUACUAUCGUGAAGGAACCUUGCUUGGAAGCAUGUCCAAAUGCAAAACAACGACGAAUGGUUGCCAGAAAUAUUGAUAUAACUGCGUGCCCAAAGACAUGAUAUAUUUUUCUUGGGCUUGGGGUUUUCACAUCAUUUAUGUAGACUUUCCAGUUUGCAAAUUCUGGUCCCAACCUGUACUUGAAGAUGGAACUCCAUAGCGACGAUAGCUCAUCUUUGACGAAAGCUCAGAUGAAUUUAUUAUUAAUAUAAUUCAUCCUUUUGUAAUUAGAUUAUUAUAUGUUAAUAUUUUUUACUUGAAUACGUUGAUGUUUAAUCACCUUGGUUUAGACAUUUUAAGGUUAUGUCAAAUAUAAAAUAUAUUUUUCAUUUCA